AUGAACCGCAUUUUCGCACUCGCCUCACUUUUCGUGAAACUUGGUUGGAGCAACACGCGUUCUUCACCUUCUGCUUCCCAUCGACGUGCAGGAGAAAAAUGGAUGAGGCAGUUACAGUCUGCAUGUAGUGUGAUGGAUGUCCGGAUCCGGAGUGUGAAAGAAGCUGCCGAAAAGCAGGUGGCCAUCCAGAAGGUCGGAUUAACUGAAGUUAUGAAAGGGGAGACACAACUAAAAAGAGCUACCGAGGCACUGCUUCAGGUGAUGGAACGUGUCGAUUGCAUGGUGGAGGACAUCAAUAUGGAGCUUGAGAACAGUGCUACCUGACAGAACAAAAACAAAACCGAAGUAUUCUGUUGCUCUUUCACCAUUAUGACAUCAAUUUGUUUUUUACAUUACAUGAUUACGUUUGGUGUUUUUUUUUGCUUUCAGCCUCUAUGCUGCAGAGAUUUGCUCAUAAAUCACUCUGAGAAUGAGCCGUUGCAGUCAAACUCCUUUCUUCAAUUAUUUUUUCAUUUUUUGACGCUGAUUAAGAAGAGCCCCAUUUUUUUUCUUCUUCGUAUCCUUGCCAUCGACAGUUCUGGGAGGAGAUAAUGGGAAUGUUUGGCUAGGAUGUGAGUGGAAUUUUAUGGAAUAA